AUGGUUGAAAGCCAGAAAAUCCCAGGAGUCAACCUAGGAGCCACCACCGAGCCUCAAGUUGUCCGGACCAUCGUGAAGACACCCUGGCAGAAGGAAGAAUUCCUGGUCCACAAGGACAUGCUGGUCAGAGAGUUCAAGGGAUACGUCGCCAGGCAUUUCUCCUCUUCUCCUGACCAGGUUGUGCUGGUGUAUGCCGGAAGGAUUUUAAAAGACCACAAGACCCUUGGCCAGCAUGGGAUCCAUCUGGACAACGACGCGACCGUUUAUGUGGUCAUCCGGUCUCAGCGGGUGAGUCCGUCCCGGCAGGCUUCCGCCGUCCCUACCAACGCCACCUCGAACGCGAAGCCCAUGCGGAGCGGCGCUUUUGCUAGCGACGGCCUCCGGGAGCUCACGGCCAGUCUCGGCCUCAACACGGCCAACUUUGCUGAGUUCCAAAGCCAGCUGAUGUCCAACCCUGAGAUGAUGCUAAAGCUCUUAGAGCACCCCUUCCUUCAGAGUAAGCUCUCCAGCCCUGGCUUGAUGAAGGAGCUGGUCACCAACAACCCCCAGGUACGCCAAGUGAUAAAGGAGGCCCCCGAGAUCAGCCACGUCUUCAGCUCUCCUGAAGGCAUGAGGUUGGUGGUGGAGCUGGCAAGGAACCCGGCUGCUGUGCGCGAAAUCAUCAAAGCCCCUCCUCAGGUCCUCGGUUGCUCCAGCGGAGACAGCAACGAUGGUGCCCUGCAGGGCCCUCUCACAGAGGUGCAGGGUCUGGUGCAGAAAGCCAUUUCAAAGAGGCACAGGACAACAGCCCCGUCGUCAGGUCCCCUGGGUGGCCACCCGCCAUCCUUUGAUCAUGACCAGAAGCCUGGGGGGGCCAGAGAGCCCCUGCACUCUCCCAGAAUGUGCCCUCUAAAGCCCAGUGCCCAGAACGACCACAGCAAUGGGGAAAGCGGCACCUGUCGAGGAGGAGAAGCCGGACAGCUGGCCUCGGCAGCUGUUAAGAACCUCCUCCACCAAAUCAUAAAGCAUCUCAUGCAGAACAUCACGAGCAGCCACUCCAGGAGCGCCGCUGGGCAGGGGCUCAGCCGUACCCCAGAGAUGGCAGCCCAGAUGAUCCGGAGGAACACGGUGAGGUCCAGGAACUCCCAGGAGCAGGUGGCCCUGCAGGUCCCAGCGCUCCUGCAGCAGAUCCAGAACACAGACGUUCUCCUGGCCAACUGGAGCCCAAAAGAGAUCCAGGGACUGCUAGAAAUUCAGCAGCGGCUGCAGGCCCUGGCCACAGAUGAACCGGCGGCAGCGGAGCGGCGAGGCAGAUCCGAACGGCCUGGCGCCCGGAAAGCGCACUCCAUCACCUCUCUUUGUGACAUCACCCCAGCCACGCCAAGAGCCGGGGGCCAGGAUUUCUCUGCCCGGCAGAUUUUGCAGACUCUGCUGGGUGCCGAUAUCUCAGCUGGUGCCAGGAACACCACUCGGCUCAGAGGCUCUUCCGCGCAACCAUCUUCCAAGCAGAAGCGGACGUACAAGCUCUGA